UUUUGGUUGAUUUUGUUUAUUUACAUGAGUUUGUGAGGUUAGUUGACAGCUCUCAUUGAUUCGGGGUAUCGAUAUUUUCCCCUCCCUCAAUCAAUUUGGGUAUUUCAGACCGCGCAUGCCACAGAAAGGAAAAAAAAAAAACCAGGAGAGACUCCAUUUUGAUUUUUCGAGUCGUUGGGAACGGGUGCAAGUGUUUUCAGGGUAUCCAGUGCGAAGGGGCCAUUUUUGGAGGUAGAGCCCUUAUUUUAGCCAGUUGUGGCAUUACUCUUCUCCAAAUUGCGUUAGAGACGAUUUGAGGCCACCGCAUUUGGGAACGAGGACGUGUGUCCUGUGUUUUUGAGACCCCCGAAAAUCUACUUUAAGGCCGCACACCAUCAGAGGCCUUUUUCUUUCUUCGCUUUAUUUUUACCAUUGGGUUUUUUUUCCCUCCUCUUUUCUACGUGCUGCCAUCUUUUUGCGCUCUUGGCGUGGAAAGGUUUUUCUGUGUGAAGUUUGGACGAAGGUCAACUAGCCGCCCCGCCCCACCCCAUUUUCUAAGUGAGGACGCCGUGUUGAACUCCGGAAAGAAGGAGAGGCGUUAGUUAUAGGGUAUUAGGUAUUAUUUUAUUUUCUUGUAUUUUUUUUAUUAUUUAAGUAUAUUCGCGUUCGGCAUUUUCGCCACCGCCAGGAACGGCACUGUUGCGGUACGGACGCGAAGUACUCAUAAGGUUAGGAUAGUAAUUUAUUUAAGUUUUUUUUUAUAUUUAGAUCGAUAGUUUGUACUCAGUCACACAGUCACUCACCUCCCCCCGUUCUAAAUAAAUUUAAUUAAUUGUAGGCUCCAAUUUUCUUUUAUUUUUUUUUUUGUACCAUCACCCACGGCCUUCCCGGUUGAGCCUAGUCGCGGUCGAGAGCCACGUAACAAUUAAUUUGGCGCCCAACGUGGGGCUUGUUCUGACUGUAGUGAUUGGGUGAUAACUGAUUUUUGAGUAGGUAUAAUUUUUAGGGUUGAGGUAAUCUUAAGUUGCGUCCUAUAUAUAUACAUAUAUAUCUAAGCUAUGGAUUCUCAUAGGCUCACUCGAGAUGAGCUCUUGUAUGAGCUGGCGGUACGAGGGGUUGACGACAUUGGUCAUGAAACCGUAGGGGCGAUGCGAAGGAGGUUAUCGGAAUUAAUACGAACGGAAGAGUUUGGGGACUUGGUUUUUAGCCCGACCUUUCGCUUAGUUGUGGAAACCGAGAUGCUGAUUUGUACGGAGAAAAUAGCUCAACUUUACGGUUUUGUCCAAAGUCGGCGGUCUAUUGCGAAAAACAGCACAGAGGAACGAAAUGUUGAGACUAAGUUAAGACACUUGUACGGACGCGUUAGUCGAGUUAGGCUUAGGUUAACGGAGGAGGAACGUGCUCAAAUGGCAGAUCGUCUGACCAACCUAUUCAAUCAGUUGGGCAGCAUUGAAGUUUUAGUUGACUCUAAACUGGACGCGACGGUAGAGCCAAACGACCCAAACGUGCAACCGCCGACGGUUCCACUUUUGGGAGCGCAGGUCGUAAAUAUCCACAAGCACCAAGUUCCUGUUUGCCAAUGGGGCUUGAAAUUUUCAGGAAAUAAACAGGGGAUGAGCGUUAAUGCCUUUCUAGAGAGGGUGGAAGAGCUUAGAGUUGCGCGAGGCGUCUCAGAGGUCGAACUGCUCAACUCGAUAGUUGAUCUCCUGGAGGACCAGGCGUUAAUUUGGUAUCGUUCGGUGAAAACGUCGGUUCUGUCAUGGACGGGUUUUGUUAGGGAGCUUCGAAAAGAGUUUCUCCUAUUUGAUUAUGCGACGGAAUUGUGGCAGGAAAUUAGGACACGAGUGCAAGGUCCGAAUGAGAGUGUGGGGAGUUAUUUUGCAUGUUUGAAAAAUUUGUUCAAUCGGUUAUCUGUCCCACCCUCAGAGGAAGAGAAAUUACGCGUCUUGCAACGCAACCUUGCCCCAUAUUUGAUUCAGGGAAUCGGUUUGGUUGACAUCAGUAGUGUCGAUCAACUUUUGGACACCUGCAAGAAAUUAGAGACCGUACGAAUUUUGGCGACGGCUCCUCGGCCUAAUGUCCCGAAAGCAUCCUGCUUAGAACCGGAUUUAGCAGGGCCUACUCUCGUCAAGUCUCGAAUGGUGGCUCAAACUUCAUCCGUUGGUUCGAUUCUUUGCUGGAAUUGUAGGGGCUCUGGUCAUUAUUUUUCCCAGUGUCGAGCUCCACGAAAUGGUCGAUUUUGUUUUAAAUGCGGGAAACGAGACGUGACUACAUCCACUUGUCAAUGUAGGAACGCAGCUCGACUAUCGGGAAACGGACAAAGAAACCACUAGAACA